CACCACAUCCGGGUUGGAAAUUUGUUUUUGCAGAUGGUGGAUGUCAGGCUUCGCUGGAAAAACACGAACAGUUGCUGCUAGUUAGGCGUAACGUUGGACUGAUUUGCUAGGAAAACUGCACAUAAAGUCUGCGUCAUAGUAUAUUAACGUUAUUGUUCUCAUCAUCGGGGUGUAGCUUAUCUGAAAGCGAAUGCUAAUGCUAACGACAGCUAGCUAGCAGGUUAACAAAACAGGCUUUUACGACGAGAGCCCGUUGACCAGCUGCCGAGCCGUUAACGGUGUUCAGCUGUACACAGCAGCAUUCACAUUGACAGACAUUGUUGGCGUAACUGACAGCAUACCAAACCUACAAAAUGGGUUAGCUGGCCCUCGUAAAAAAAAACAACAACCCGACUUUCCUUGAUGUUAUUGAUCAUAUUUGCUGUCAGUUACAGUCGGUUGACGUCAGUGUUUGAGGCUCUCGUCGCUGACUUGAUUGGAGACCCUCUGGAGGUCUGAUGUUUCGGACCUUCUCCGUCCACCCGCGACUCCCCAGGAAAGCCAUGCUGUGAUGAUGGUGCUGCGGCGGUUACUGAGGAAGCGCUGGGUGCUGGGAGUCGUCUUCGGACUGUCUCUCAUCUACUUUCUCACCAGCACCCUCAAACAGGAGGAGCGGACCAUACGGGACCGCACGCUCCUGGAGGUCCGAGAUCCCGACCAUCGCAUCCCGUGGAAAGUGCGGUUCAACCUGGGCAACAGCAGCCGACCGAUGACGCAGUGCAGGAACUCCAUCCAGGGCAAGGCGCUGCUCACAGACGAACUCGGUUACGUCUGCGAGAGGAAAGACUUGCUGGUCAACGGCUGCUGUAACGUCAACGCUCCCAGCUCCAGGCAGUACAUUUGCAAGAGCUGCCUGGCCAACGGCUGCUGUAGCAUCUACGAGUGCUGCGUGUCCUGCUGCCUCCAGCCCGAUAAGCAACCUCUCCUGGAGCGCUUCCUCAAUCGAGCGGCAGAAGGUUUCCAGAACCUCUUCACCGCGGUGGAGGAUCAUUUUGAGCUGUGCCUGGCCAAGUGUAGGACCUCUUCACAAAGCGUUCAGCACGAGAACACAUACCGAAACCCUCAAGCAAAGUACUGCUACGGCGAGAGUCCCCCUGAGCUCCUCCCCGUCUGAGCAUUGGACUUUCCUCCCGGGUCCGGGGACGCCAUUUGACGGCGGCAGGUCAAGAGGUUUCGGACACAUCGAAGGUGCUCUGGAGGGGAGACGCAGCCUCUGAGACAAUUUUGUGUCAUGUAGGCAAAGAGAUGGCGACAUCUCAGACCUACUAAACUGGACGAAAGCUGUAUUUAGAUUCAGAUUAUUCACACUUCAUAAGUGCUCCAUACGUUCAUCCGUGAUGGCUCAGGAUUGGCCUCAGACCGCUUCAUGUCAUGAAAUAGGCUUCAUGUCCUAAUACGCGUUAACAGCAACAGUUUUGUUUUUUUAAAAUCUGAAGUACAGCAAAGAAUGUGUCGUUACUUCUGUGUGUAGUGCAUGAACAUAUUUAAUAAAAGUGAAUGUGAAAUUAAAUGGUGCUAUUUUAAAUCUGUGUGAUCAUACUUUUAUUUAUUUUUUUAUUAUAAGCUGUUGGCUACAGGUGCAAAGAGGAGUUCGACAUUGGAUAUAGUGUUAUAGUUUCUCUCCGCUAUGUAGAACAUGUGGAACGGUGCUGAUCUUCAGAACCAC